CAAGUCUUGGUAGAUAGCUGAAAUAAGUCAGCGUCAAGAUGUUCAUAGACCAAUUUGAGAUUUCCGUUGUUCUACAAAAUAAAAGCAUAGUAUCAGACCGUUCCUGUUUUGACCACAAAAUGCUUCAAAGCGUUAAUGCAAAGCUGGGAACAAUGUAAACGCAACGCAAAUUGUUUGCUUAUCUAAAAGUUAUAUCUUCUGGUCCAGCCCAGAUACGACGUGUAUCAUUUUCGCUUUUAUUUUAUUUUAUUUUUGAACAACUCGAAAUCUCUAACAAGACAGCAAGAUUGUUUUUGUCGCUCAGGGGAACCAACCAGAGUUCAUGUCGCUAGCUUAGCUAACCCAGCCUGCUAGCGAGUGAUUUGCCAGCAUGCUAAUGGGGACAGUUUAACCGCAGCACACUGCAGUGAGUCUCUCCUGUCUGAGUCCGUAGAGGUUCCAGCCGAGCUGAAGUCCGCGGAGCCAUGCGACAGUGGUCUGUCCCCACUGCGACCCCUCGCGCUGAGCCACUCCCGGGGUGCCUGUCCGUGUCACCCCCUCCGUCGGACCCCAGGAUGGAGGCGUGCGAGGUGGAGCCGCGCUACACCAUUGAGCAGAUCGACCUCCUGCAGCGCCUGCGCCUCUCCGGCAUGACCAAGCCCCAGAUCCUCCACGCCCUGGAGUCCCUGGAGAGGCUGGACCCGGAGCACCGCCCGCCGCCGCCGCCGCCGCUCCCUCUGCCGCCACGCUGCGACUCCCACCCGGCCCCGCCCAGCAACGCCGCGCCCGCCGCCGCUGCUGCCGCCCCGUCCUCAUCGUCCUCCUCGUCGUCGUCCUCGCUCUCCCUGGCCUCGGCCACCACCCAGACCUCAGGCCUCGAAGGUGCGGCGCUGUCGCCCAGCAACAGCUACGAGGCUUCGCCGCCGCCCCUGUACCCCCCCAGCGUGGUGGUGCAGCGGGCGUUUAGUUACGACAUGAUGGGCGAGGAGGAGUGGGACCUGGAGGAGAAGGUGGAGGAGUACAUGAGAAGAGACAGCAACCUGGUGAAAGAGGAGAUCAAGACGUUCCUGAACAACCGGCGGAUCUCUCAGGCCAUUGUAGGCCAGGUCACAGGCAUCAGCCAGAGCUACAUCUCCCAGUGGCUGCUGCAGCAAGGCCUGGAGAUGAGCGACUCCAAGCGCAGAGCCUUCUACCGCUGGUACCUGCUGGAGAGGAACAACCCAGGUGCCACCUUGUCGAUGCGCUCUUUGGUGAAGGAGGAACCCGACUGGAGAACGGGUAUCAUCGCCAGCGACAGAGCCGGGAUCGUAGGCGGUCCUCUGAGGCUGCGCAGAGGGAGCAGGUUCACCUGGAGGAAGGAGUGCCAGUCCAUCAUGGAGAGCUUCUUCAUGGAGAAUCAGUACCCAGAUGAGGCGAAGCGGGAGGAGAUCGCCAGCGCCUGUAAUUCUGUCAUCCAGAAACCAGGCUGCAAACUGUCAGAGUUUGAGCGGGUGACGGCGUUGAAGGUGUACAACUGGUUCGCCAACCGUCGGAAGGAGAUGAAGAGAAGAGCAAACAUAGAAGCCGCCAUCUUGGAAAGCCAUGGGAUUGAGGUGCCAAGUCCGAGCUGCCACUCAAAUGGCGAAGAGGGAGAGCUGCAAGAGUUUGUAGAUCAGGUGACUCAUCGGUUCUCAGAGCAGGAGGACGCCUCUUCCCAGAAAAUCGUUGACCAACAAGAUGGCUCCUCGCUGAUCACUGGGGAGGUGGCAGUGGCAGCGGCCCCGCUGAGCCCCGGCCCUCAGGGGGCGGAACAGAAGGACGAGGAUUCAAAAAGGGAGUCGGUGGACGAGGAGUGACUAAACCCAGCCAGACUUUCAAUCGCCAUGUCUGAAUUUGAUUCAGUCUGAAACAGAACAGUAAAAUGCCUCCUGCUCCACCCGCGGGUGGACCCUUCUGGGCCAAUGGAAGGAUGGGGGUGGGGGUUGGUUGAAGCCCUCUGAGGUGCCUCAGGUGAGGAGGCCACUGCAUUUAUCAACAGUAAUCUUGCUUAUAAUAAUGGCAAUAUACAGUCUACGUAGAGGUAUAUAAGGUCUAUGGUAUAUAUAUCAAUAUAUAGUGCAUUCCAAGAUGGUAUCAAAAUGCCUAAAUCCUGUGAGGGGAGUAUUAUGUAAAGGACGCCUCACCAUUUCAACAUAAGCUGUUUUUCCUGUUUUUCUUUUGCUGCGUUUGGUUUACUCCAGCGUGCGACUGCUGAGUGGAACAAGCUGAGCCUGCAGGUCAGGUUUUGAUUGGCUGUUGUGGAGAGUGCGGCUUCUGUCUUUUAAUGAAACAGAAAAGACAAAAAAAAAAAAAAAACGCCGUCUUGUUGGUGCUGGGAUGUCUUUGCCUGGUCAAUCAGCACGUGGUGCCGAUACUAAAUCUGUACAACCCAGAGGGAUAACUGGCGUCUCAGGUAAUCCCAAAGUGACAAAUUGCACCACCUUUCCUUUUAUUAUGUGUUUUUUUUUUUUUUCAAUCAAAAUUGUGUUUAAAGAAAACGGUGUUAUUUAUACUUUUUUGAUUUCAUGGUGUCCUGGACUAGAGAUGCUCCGAGAAGUCAACUGCUGACUCUAAUCAAACAAUUUUCAACAAUCAGUCCAAAACAACCACCACUACAUGUAACCAACAGCAGGUGGAGCAUACAGCCACACUCUUCUGUGUGGAUGUUGUCACUGUGGGAAGAACACUCAAUUAUUUUUUUUGUUAGUCAUAAAGUUAGUGUCUUCUAUGAAAUUUUGAGACAUAUCUGCAUAUUAAUCAGGCCGCGUGAGAGAGCAAGAUUUUGAGCAGAUAACAGGAAGGCUGAAUAGAGUGGUGUACGCCAAACUAAAAAAAAAAAAAAACACCUGGGAGUCCUGCUGUCUUGUUUCCCAAGGCGGCUUUACAGAAAUUCAACCUUUAGACGUUUGACCAAAACAACUUAAUCACAUAAGCGACACAAGCAAUAAUGACCCAAAUAUUGAGCUCAAUGGAGACUAUUGAUGGUGACUUAUUUAUCUUAUUUAACUGCCUCAUUACUUGCCUUUUAUUUUAGUUUUAUGAGUUUGACUUUAUUGAAUGAAGUGUUAUUGUCUUUUUUCAAAGUACCUCUUUUAAGUUUGUUACUUCUAACUUUGUUGAGAGUAGGAGAGCCUCUAAGGUAAGAAUUUACACAUUCAUGGAAAACACACAGGCUGCUGUUUCAGUAAUGCUAGCAAACUUACCGCUAAUAUAAGAUGCUACAGCUAGUUUAGAAAGGUAAACUUUGGGAUAAUUCCACCUUCACACAGUAACAGAAUACAUAUGUCUCUGAUUUAAUGGGCUUCAAAGCUGGUUUGAAAUGGGCCACAGAAUCCUGAUCAGUGCAUCUCUAGACCUUACACACCUACAACAGAAUGUUUUUUUUUUUUGUUAAACUCAUUGGUGCUGUUUAAUCUCAUGUCAGAGUCUAGCCAAAGAGGCUAGCUUGGUUACAUAAUAAUAUGUAAUCGUACUUAUUUUGAUGUAUCAACAUCAAAUGUAUAUUGUAUAUCAUAUGUAUAUCGUUUCAGAAACGCUGACUCGCUUGUUGCUUCUCCAGGAAGGCUUCAGGCACCUUUUCCUCUCUUACUGGGAUAAGCUAAAGCUUCUAAGCUCCUGUACAUUUUGUGCAAAGCUGCACUUCAAAGUGGACCUCACUCUAACUAAUCCCUCAAAACCUCACUGGGGGUGUGUAUUAUUUUAGUUAUACUGUCAUAUUUCCAUACCCAAGGCCGCAGGAGUCGAAUCUAAUUGUUCAUGUAAUGAACAACCGAUACUUUAUUGUCAAAGGAAGCCACCAUUGUUGCCUCCUAAUGCCAAAGCUAUGCCAGAUAGAGCUGAUCUACGGAUGCCCAGAGCAGAGAGUAGGUUUAUUUGCUCCGUUCAACACUAGCCACCUCAAGCUUACCUCAGAAUGACUGUUUCUAGGAGUGAUUUCCUGGCUGACAGCAGCCAGUGAAUGGGACUGUUUCUCUUCUGAACGGUGUUGUGUGUCAUGUAGCAUUUACGGCAUUGGGCUUCGUCCUGUGUUGUCAGUGUCCAGUCACCUCCUCAGUUCUGCUGUCCAGCUUUGGACAGGAAUCCCCCAAAGCUGCAGCGGUUUCUUAUUACUGCGCUCCUCUGCAUAAGCUUUUAUCUAACGAGGGAAGACGAUAAUAAAAGUGUACACAAUCUU